GACAAGGAGCUGCUGAACAAGCAGCGCGACAUCCUGCGUCUGCUGAUCCGCGUGCAUCAGCCCAGCUACGUGGCCGAGGUGCUGGAGGUGGCCCAGUCCUUCAACCCUGAGGAACACCUCGACCUCUACAAGGACCAGGAGGCGGUGAAGAAGCUGCUGGCGCUGUACCGCGCCGGAGAGCUGCUGCCCCGCCACAAGCCCUUCUCCGUGGUGUACAAGCGCCACGUGAAGCAGGCCGUGCUGGUCUUCGACGCGCUGUACAACGCCGUGGACUACCAGACCUUCUACAAGACGGCCGCCUACCUGCGCGACCGCAUCAACGAAGGCCAGUUCAUCUACGCCCUGAGCGUGGCCGUGCUGCACCGCCAGGACACACACGACGUGGUGCUGCCGCCGCCCUACGAGAUCUACCCCGAGUUCUUCGUCAACUCGGAGAUCAUCCACGAGGCCACCGAGGAGUACCUGCAGGGCAAGGAGCUGCCCAUCACCAUCAACGCCGCCUACUACACCAACAGCAGCGCCUGGUACUACACCUACCCGCAGGUGUCCAACCCUGAGCAGCUGUUGAACUACUUCACCGAGGACAUCGGCCUCAGCACCUUCCACACCUACUUCAACUACGAGUACCCCGUGUGGUUCAGCGCCUCCAAGUACGGCGUCGGCGUGGCGCCGCGCCGCGGAGAGAUUUUUUACUACUACCUGCAGCAGCUGUUCAACCGCUACCAGCUGGAGCGACUGUCCAACGGCCUGCCCCCUGUCUACCCCAUCGACUAUGACGUGCAUAGCAAGCCC